GGAUCUCAUUGAUCCUUUCUUCUCGCCGGCCAAGAGUUCUCGAUCACUAAUCGUCUUGGAACCGUCGCGUCAACUGCUCGUUCGGUCUAAAAAUCAUUAGAACUUUUUGUAGUUUCCGAAAAUUUUUUUUACACAUUUUAAUUUUUUUUUAUAUUUGUUGUUGUUAUCGUUAAUAGUGUGUUACAAUAGUGCUGUUGUUUUGUUUUCGUAGAACAAAACGUUGCUGUCUUAUUACGCGUUAGUGAGACCAGAUUUCUUGUUUUGAGAUUGUUCAAUAAGAUCGCAAAGACUAAAAAUGAUCCUCAGACUAUCACUGAUGUUUUGCUUUCUGGCAUACAGCAUGACGGAAGAAGUGGACGUGGUCGAAGCUAUUUCCGGGACGUCGCAAUCAAUCGACGAUCUGCUACAACAGGCAUCCGACCAACAGCCAAUGCAGCUGCAACACGGGCCGAUGCAGUCUUCGGCACAGAAACGAGAUGACGCGAUGGAGGCGCACAAUCCCGACCAGCUGGCCAUGGAGACCGGUGACGACGUGGAAGAUCAGGACGCGUCCGGUUCCAUAGCCAAACACAACUACUUGAAACCACAGUCGGCACCUGUUCGCGGUCAUCCACCACUGAACCGCGGUCCGCCGCCACCUCAGCAGCAGUCUCAACCUCCCCAACAGCAGUCCAGCAAGUAUCACCACCACAACUAUCACGGACCACCACCGCCACCACCAUCUUUACAGCAACAGCAACAGCAACAACAAUUGGUCGCUCAACAGUCCGAGGCCAUGGACAAGGUAUACUCGGCCGGCCCGGUAGGAAACGCACUCGGUGACCCGUGGCCGAGCAGCGUGUCUGCUGACAUGCCAAAAAUCGUGUCACUGGACGUCAAGUGCGAGAAGAACUCGAUGAAGGUAUUCCUGAGUUUCGAUAAGCCGUUCUACGGAAUCGUAUUCAGUAAAGGCCACUACAGCAACGGUAAUUGCGUGCACUUACCCGCCGGUUUAGGCCGGACGUCCGUCAACUUCGAGAUCGGUGUGCACGCGUGUGGCACUUCCGGCAACACCGAGAACGGUCUAUACGGGUACGGAGCUGACUCUGGAUCCGGCACCUACUUCGAGAACAUUGUCGUCAUCCAGUACGAUCCGCAAGUGCAAGAGGUCUGGGACCAAGCCCGGAAACUCAGGUGCACGUGGCACGACCAGUACGAGAAGUCAGUCACGUUCAGGCCGUUCCCGGUUGACAUGUUGGAUGUAGUCAGAGCAGACUUUGCCGGAGACAACGUUGGAUGUUGGAUGCAAAUACAAGUCGGCAAGGGACCAUGGGCUUCCGAAGUCUCCGGGUUGGUGAAAAUCGGACAGACCAUGACCAUGGUACUGGCGAUCAAAGACGACGACUCCAAGUUCGACAUGCUUGUGCGGAACUGCAUGGCUCACGACGGCAAACGGGCACCCAUUCAACUCGUGGACCAGAAGGGUUGCGUGACUCGCGGCAAGCUCAUGUCCCGAUUCACCAAGAUCAAGAACUUCGGUGCCAGCGCAUCCGUUCUGUCGUAUGCACACUUCCAGGCGUUCAAGUUCCCAGACUCGAUGGAAGUACACUUCCAGUGCACCAUACAGAUAUGUCGGUACCAGUGCCCGGAUCAAUGUUCGGACUCCAACGCCAUACUCAGCGCUCAACAUGGUAAUCUGCUAUCUGCCCACCAUCCGGCUGUGGGACCAGCAGAGUACGGUCCACCACCCGCGCCCCUAGACGUAUACGCCCGCAUUGGUUCGGCCCAUCCCAGAGACGAAAGACGCGUCCGACCGAGACUUCACCGUAGGUCAGCCGCCACCAGCACCACCGCCAGCACCAGCACCGCCGCCUCCACCGAACAAGAAGCCGUGGGCGUCAACCGCGUCAUCAAAGUAGUAUCCACGGGUGACCUGACGUUCGCCCUGGACGACUCCGCAAACAGCUCGGCCACCAAUACCAUGGUGUUCCCUGUCAGAACCGUCGAACCGGGUUCGUCAAUGAUCUGCAUGACUACGGUCGGAUUCUCCGCCACGCUGGUCGUCCUUCUCGGCAUCCUGCUGGUGUCCUGUCUGGUAUCCGCGUACCUGUGCUUGCGCAUCAGAUCCAUGCCGCAGCGCCGAAAAAACGCACAAGUGGCUUGCACCAACCCCACACUGCAACCACAGACCAUGCACAAGUCGGCCGUUAUGCACCCGGCAUACUCGUCGUGAUUGUUUACGCCAUUUCCGGCUCACUUCCGCGGUCGAGUCAAUGGUGGGCAUCGCGGUGGGUGAGAGUUAAAACGCAAUUACAAAAAAAAAGAAAACCAAAAUCUUAAAAAAAUAAAAGUCACGACCGUCGCACAAACGAAACGCCAUAAUUAUAAUUAUAUUAUACUUAGUAGACGUAGAUAUUAUAUUAUUACAUAUAGUAAGCCAAAGCUACCCCCCAAAUAACAUUAUAGAUAGGUAUAUAAACAUUUUAAGUCGGACAUAACGGGCGUUAAACCGUAUUAAAAACGGUUAAAUAUCCUUCGUGAUCCCCCUCUUAUGCCUCAACCCCAUCCUCGCUUUAUGACGAUCGUUGUCUCUCGUUUCGAUUUUCCAUCAUCGAGUCCGACGCUAUUCAUCAUCGCGGUCGUAUCGCAUCUUACGAUUCAAUAUAUAAUAUACUUAUUGUAUAACGUCAUAAUACCUAUAUAUAUAAUAAUUGAGUAUAGGUACGUGCAUUAUUUAUUAUUAUUUUUCUUUCGUUAUCCUUUCUUUCCAUUCAUCGUCCAAUAUCGUAAUUUACACCCGGGGGAACGUAUCGACUUACGAGUCGCCACGUCGUUCGUUUUUGCCAUCUAGUUCCAUUAUCAUAGAAUUAUUACGACUUAUCAUUUGCGCCGGACCGUCGACGCUAUAACACACUAUACCUUAUAAUAUAAUAUAGUAUUCGGUAAUUCGAGAGCGCCGUCGUCACACGUGGAAAAAUAAAACUCCGACCUCAAAAAAUAUGCAUCCCGUUCGCACGCUUCUUUUUUCUAGAACGUAUCACUUAAAUAUUGUGAGAGUGCUAAAAACCCGUCAUCACUGAGGUCUAACGAGAGGUAUUAUAUUUUUAAAAUUUUAAAACAUUAUGCUUUUUAUCUAUCGGGUAUAAGUUUUAAUCCGAUUAUUUAGACUAUUUUUUUUGAUUUAACUAAAAUCUAUCGCUUUCCCGCGCCCUACAAUAAACGUGUUUAUCGCUAUACAAUAACCGCAAGCAUAUAAUAUCGUAUAGGUAUAUAAUACGUAUGCCCACCGCGCGUAAAAUUUUAUAUUAUUACUAUAUUAAUUGUAUAGGUUUAUAUAAGUCUGUUUUCGUUUCGAUAUAAUCCAAACGCGCAUCGCUUUAGACUAAUUAAACACGUUCAAAAUAAAAUAAAUAUACGUUAACGGCCAAUAUAAUAUUAUACAUUGUAUACUUUUUCUUGAGCUUUUAAAUAUUAUAUUUAUAAAUUUAUUAGAUAUAGUGAAAGAGUUUGAGAGAGAGGAAAUAAUGACACUCACUAUCGCGACUGCUGGUGUCCAUGUCCUCAUCCCCACCCAGCACUGUACAGUUUACAUUUACGAUAUUGUAUCCACGGUGUAAUAUCUAUAUUUUAUAGUAACAAAAUACGUCUUACAAAAUAUAAUAUAACACACUUGUAUCGAAUAUUAUUACAAUUUAUAGACUUAAGAGAAUGAGCCAUAUAUAUAUUAUGUUAUUUAUUUUCGAUAGGUAAUUAUCGUCUAUUUCAUACAUACAAAAUAAUACUAUAAAUUAUUUUAGUAGUAUAUAUAGGUAUAACUUAAAUAUUAUUAUUACGUUGUACUUCUUUUUAUAUAGUCGAAUAAUUAGUCGUUAUUAUUAUUAUUAUUGUAUACAUACUAAUGCCUAAUUAGUUUCUAAUGAGGCAUUUCCAACAACUUUUGUGCGUUUGCUUUUUACGACUUAUACAAUACACACACUAAAAACACAAUAUGAAAAAAUAUUCUAAAAACAUAAACAUUACGAAUAAAAUUUAAAUAUUAUUUAUUCCCCCGAGAUUAUCUGAAUCUAAGAUUUAAUUUAUUAAUAUUUAUUAUUAUCGUAUGUACCGAUAGAAGAGGAACAAAAUAAGCACAUGCACAUUAGUUGUUGACUAUGGUAUAAGCGUGUACAAUGUACAUUGUACCUAUAUGUAUAUGUAUAAGUUAUAAUAUAUUAUAUAUAUUACGUAUGUAUACUUAAUUAACUUAUUUAUUUAUUUAUUAUUAAUUUAUUAAUUUAUUUAUUUAUUUUAAGCUACGUUUUUAUUAUAAAAUGUGAUUUCAUUAUAUAUAUAUUUAUUAUCAUGUCAAACAAAUA